GCUUCGUAGUCUCCUCCCGUGUUGGCUGGACGUGGAUUGGAAAAGGGCGAUCCGAAGGUCGAAAACGAUCGGAAAAAGGAAAAUCGUUUGGAUUGGUGCGGAGCGAACGUUCGGUGGUUGCGAGCGAACGGCGAAGGGCGAGAAGGCACCGUCGUAGAUAGAAAAGGGUACACCGCGGGCGUUUCGCGAAUCGAGACAGCGGAUCGUCGCGGUGACUCGCGAACGGUCAAACCGUAAGUCGGAGUGCGUCGGUUACGUCGCAAUGGCGCCGAACGCGGCUCCGUCGAGGAGCGACUCGGUUUCCGACGGAGCCGCCGAUGAUGGAGCGACCGUGAGCCGUUCACGUGAGCCCACCCCAUGUUACUAGAACCGCCGCUGUGGCCCGUGCUCGUGCCACCUCGUGAUCCAACCGAUUCCGGACUCUUACGAGUUCCCCGUUUCCUCAUUUGCCCCCGUUCGGUGAACGCGAAUCGGCCAACCACCAUGAAAAGGAUCCGCAAGAGGCAGCCGCGCAAGAUGAAAGGCCGGUCGCGCGAGUGACAGUGCGUGUACAUGUGUCAGAGCCGAGUGGUGGGCAAGUUUUCGGGUGAUCGUUCGGUUCGUCGAUUUUCCGAUUUGUCGUGGCCAUCGCCACCCGUGUCCUCUCGCUCAUCGUCGAAAGGAACGGGGGUAUUUGAUUCGACGAUCCGGCAGAACGAUCUGACAGCGAUCGUCGUCUACUCGCCGAUCGCCAUGCCGUGGAUUAUCGCGGACACGAAACACCGCUCCGUCACGGAGUGAUCCUGCGAGGACGGGCAGCACGCGAAACAGAGAGGACCAAUCGUAGGAAGAAAAACCGAAGGAGAGUCUAGCGGAGAAAGGAGGAACGGAAGGAAAGGAGGAAGCGAAAGAGGGAAAGAAAGGAGCGGAAGAGGCCGGUACGCUGGCUGAGUGGGUGGUAAAAGGAAGUUUGCAGGAGGUUCGUUAUCGGCAAGCCAGGGUUUCUAGGAUAAUCUAGCCAACCUGGCGGACCAGGAGGAAGGUGGCUCGACGAUGCAGGGCAAGGAGAGCCCCGUCGGGUCCAACACCCAGGAGACCCAUCAGUACGUUGGUCCUUAUCGACUGGAGAAGACCUUGGGAAAAGGCCAGACAGGAUUGGUCAAACUCGGGGUCCACUGUGUGUUGGGCAAGAAGGUGGCGAUCAAGAUCAUCAACAGGGAAAAAUUGUCAGAGUCGGUGCUGAUGAAGGUGGAACGGGAGAUCGCGAUUAUGAAACUGAUCGACCAUCCGCACGUGCUCGGCCUCUCUGACGUAUACGAGAACAAGAAAUAUCUAUAUCUUGUUCUGGAACACGUUUCGGGCGGGGAGCUUUUCGACUAUUUAGUGAAAAAGGGUAGACUAACGCCGAAGGAAGCGAGGAGAUUUUUUCGACAAAUCAUUUCUGCUUUAGAUUUUUGUCAUAGUCAUAGUAUUUGUCACAGAGACUUGAAGCCUGAAAAUUUGUUGUUGGACGAGAAGAAUAAUAUCAAGAUAGCGGAUUUCGGAAUGGCGUCGUUGCAACCUGCCGGCUCCAUGCUGGAAACCAGCUGCGGUUCUCCUCAUUACGCCUGUCCCGAAGUGAUUCGAGGUGAGAAAUACGACGGAAGGAAGGCAGACGUUUGGUCGUGCGGGGUGAUACUUUACGCGCUUCUGGUAGGUGCGUUGCCCUUCGACGACGACAACUUAAGAAAAUUAUUAGAAAAAGUGAAGCGAGGCGUGUUCUACAUACCGCACUUCGUGCCGCCCGAAUGUCAGAAUCUGCUGAAGGGAAUGAUCGAAGUCGAUCCGGACAAGAGACUAACGCUGGCGGAGAUAAACAGGCACGUGUGGGUGACGGCGGCGGGCAAAGGCGAGUUAGAAUUAGAGCUGUCGAUGAUGGACGUGGUGCAGACGCACGUUAUUCCGUCCGUGGAGGCGAUCGAUCCGGACGUGUUGCAAGCGAUCGCGAGCCUAGGUUGCUUCAAGGAACGGGACAAACUGAUUCAAGAACUGCUUAGCCCGAACCACAACACGGAGAAGGUGAUCUAUUUUCUACUGUUGGAGCGAAAACGGAGAAGACCAGCGUGCGAGGACGAGUUGGAAGUAAUGAGAGGAGGCAUGAGAGGAUCCGCCGGACAAUUGGAAGCGGAUCCACCGAGAAAGCGAGUGGACACGUGUCGAGUAAACGGUAGCACGGCCCUGAAUCUCGGCGAAAUUAGUCACGGUUCUCCUUUAACACCUCGAAGGCAGUCGAGCACUAGGCAUCAUGCGCGUCGUUCGCCAAGUACGGGAUGCCACACACACGCGUCGCAUUCGCACGCAUCGACGCCAGGUAGUUCGCCGUUGCACGGCUCGAACGCUGUCGCAGGAUUGCUAAGUCCUCACAGGGCACCACCGACCUCGCAUCUAGGCCAAACGAUGAGUCCUCAUCGACUGUCGUCGGUAACGAGCGCAGCGGGCAACGGAAACACCAGCACACCGCCUAUCGUGGCCCCUGUUCCGGUUCUACCCAACGUGGGAAUAGAAAUAAACGACGUCCAGCAGGUAGUCGCGGUCGGCGUUACACCGCCAGGCUCGCCGCACACCGGCGCCGGAUCUAGCGCUCAUCACUGGCGAUCGAGGUUGACGACCAUCAAGAACUCGUUCCUUGGUAGUCCCCGAUUUCAUCGACGCAAGUUGCUCACAAGCGCCGAGGAGGUACAUCUCACGCCGGAUUCCUCCCCGGAACUUACGAAGAAAUCAUGGUUCGGUAGUCUGAUGACCACGGAGAAAGACGAAACGUUCACCAUUCUGGUAAAAGGGAAGGCUCUAGCCAGCGUGAAAGCCGACCUGAUUCACGCCUUUUUAUCGAUAGCGGAGUUGUCUCACAGCGUAAGCUCGCCGAUGUCCUUCAAAGUGGAAUACAAAAGGGGAAGUACGGCGCCGGCAAUGUUCCAAAGACAAGUUCGUUUUCAAGUGGACAUUAGCGCCAUAUCGAAACAGCCGAGCGAACCAUUGUUCGCUAUUACUUUUACUCUGCUAAGCGGAAACAUCCGAAGAUUUCGAAGGGUCUGCGAGCACAUUCAGUCGCAGGUCUGCUCGAGAAGCGUAGGAAUAAAUUUGGGAGGGCAGAGCCGCGCGGCACCGCCUAGUCCGCGAGCAUCUCGAAAAUUUACCACGGAGAUGAGCGAAAGUUCCAGCUGCGGUAGCGACACCAGCGAACGGUUAUUUCUCAGCCCGCACCCAGCUACCAGACAGGUAGUCUGUUUCAACAAGAUCGACUCGGACAUCGAAUCAGACACCUCCGUGUUUGACGUGAAAUCGCCGACCCGCGAGAACGGUCGCAGGAGUUCCACGUCAACGAACAACAACAACCCGUUACCAGGCGACGCGACGCCGACUCCUGGAAGUCCGACAAAGGCAGUGCGUAGUAAUUCGGAGAGUCAAAACACGCCGGAGAAAAAAUGCGUAACAACGAUGAGCGGCAAUAACAUAGCGUGAUACUACCAGAACUUCCGUUUCGAGUUUCGAUCAAGCUUGAAGAACUUGUGGGACAGUGCCCAUAGAUUCUGGUGACCCUCGUACGAGCAGCUCGCUCUAUCUCCGAUCAAGAAACGAUCCAACGCCGGGGAGGCAGCAACGAUCCUGAGACGAAGCUUCGGCCGAGGACGAAAUAGACUUCAAGGAGGCAUUACCGAUCCGAAAGGAAAGAUCGACAUUUAACCGAAGAACCGAAUAAAAAUACCUCGACACGACUUUCUUACGUCGCGAGCAAACGAACGAGAGAUUGUAACGGAUAAAUUCGGAGCAUCGAAAGCGAUCGAGGAGAGACGAUCCUGAGGAAAAGUUCGGCAACAGUCGUCGUUCUGAGAGACGAAGACCAGGGAAACGAGACAUCCGUGUGAAAGGAGAGUAAAUCAGAUUCGGAUGAAAAAUACGAAGGAAAUGCUCGACGUCCAACUCUCGGAUCGUUCGGCGACGCAUCUCGUGCACAAAAUAUAUUCGACUGGCAAAAACAACGGAGGAAAUUUGUGCCGCAACGCGAAUCCUUCUCUUUUGAUGUUUCGUUUGCAUAGUGAUCGUGUGAUCGUGUGUCAAAUCGUAGCACGGUUUUACCUGAAAGUGAAGUGCAAUAGUGACAUCGUACCGGUAUACGUCGGAUCGUGCCGUUGUAAGAAUGAUUUACCGGUACGUAUAUCUUGUUGUGUAUCGUCAAUUAGCGAUUUCGUUUUACCUUUUCGUUUGUUUCGAAGAAACAGCUGGAGAAGUUAAGCGAAAAUCGACAGCGGCUAAUUUCCCCAACUGUCGUACGAACAGGUUUCAAGUAACGCAAACUUCUCGUCGAGUCGAGCUUUCGUCGAACUCAAUGGAAAUCGAUUUUCUGUUAACCUCUCCAGGUUUUUCGAUUUUAAACAUCGUUGGGACGGUUGCGUUCAUCGUAGACGCUAAUUAGUUACAUCUUUAGGCGAUUCUUUAAACGACUUUGUUGCAUAUUGCUACUGCGUCGACCAUUAGCUACGACGAUGCUGUUCGAUUUUCUUAUUGUUGAACAAGUCGAAACAUUAUACAACGUCGAUUAUCCGAAAGUCGAGUUUUGAAACUUUCGCCCAAACGUUCUACGCGCUUCUCGCCAUAAUUAUGCGCUAUUCUCUUUCUUCCUUUGUUUCCAAUAGUCAAUAGUUUUUCUUGAGCAAUUUAACGGAUCAACUACUCGUGAAUUCGCGGACACCGAGUCUUUCUUACUCGCUUCAGGCAAUCGAUGUUUUAUCGGAAACAACAAAGAGUCGGAUAUAUGCCUUAUACGCAAAAAUACCCUAAUAUUGAUUCCAAGCCGCCUUAAUCAAAUAUAAAGUGAUGCAACUAAUGUUCCACUAAUGGGAGUAAAUAUUAAAGUUUUGUGAAACGAAACUUCUCGAGUUAAAUGGGAAAAUGGAAACUCUGGAGAAGAGACGCUUGUUCGGUCGACGUUUCACAUUAACGCUAUUUUUACAUUGCGCGAUAAAGACGAUACUUUCUAAUUUGUUUAGUGCUUCGAAGAAUCUAGUGUAAACUGAUAGGCGUAUUUUUGCGCGGAGAAAAAGACGAAAAACAGGGAGAUUCUGACGUUCGUCGGCAUUUUCCAUCUUCGAUCUCGUGAAAUUUUCGAACGGCCGACAAGCCACAUUUUCGAUCGCGCACCGUUUCGCAUGCUGACAAUUUCGAAUCUGGAAUUUUUGAAUCCUCGAUCGUCUUAUCAGCGACUCGCUGUUACAGCCAGCUCCUAUUUCUCGGUACACGAUCGCGAACCAGGAAACUUUACGAACGAGCCGCUGAAAUUGUCUCGCGAUGUUUCUAUAACUUUUACGGAACGCGCGUAGUAGAGAGAAAAAGAGAAACGGGUGAUCAGCGGGGAAAGUAGGAAAAAGAAACGCGUUAAGGGAGAAAGAAAAGAAGAAAAUCCACUCGCGACGCAACGAUCGCGUCGAGAGAUUUAUUUUUUGCACGCACGAGAAAACAUUUCAAAAAGACUAAUAUAUAAAUAUAUAAAUACGAAUAUAAAUAUAUAAAUAAAUGAAUAAAUAAAUAUACAUAUAUAUAUAUAAAUAUCAACAAUUUAUAUAUAUAUAUAUAUAUAUAUAUAAAUACACACACACACACGUACAUAUAUGUAUAAGUAGAUUUCACUUACGAGCGACGCGUUGCAACGCGUACGGCUUCUUGUCUGCUACUUAUGCGAAAAUAGACGACGAAAAUGAGGAACGGAGGGAAAGAGAAGGGACGAGAGAACGCAGCAAGAUGAAAUCUAGCGUUUCUAACCAUAGACUAAUAGAGAUAAGUGAUUUGAAAAGAAAAGAAAAAAGAUGUUAUAAUUAAAUAUCGUACACGUUUUUCUCAAUACACAGAAACAUAUCUCGAAAAUAAUCCUGGCUUCUUAGUGGAACGACGAAUGCAUCGUGAACGUGAUUAUAGAAAGAAAAGAAGAGCACCGUUUUUAAUCGAAGGCUCGCUAUAGACGUAACCAAAGUCGAAUCCUGCCGAACGUAGAAGUCUCGACGAACCGAACGAAACACCCGUGUAUCCCUGGUCGACGCGACCCACGUGGUUACAAACGGAUCGACUCUAGAAUGUUAAACGGUCAUACCGAACCGUGCAAAAUCGCCUAGCGUUUAUAUUUUUGUUAAAUAUUUCGAGGAAAAAAGCUGCGCGUUCGCGAACCACUACGCUCCGUGCGUUAAAAUCGAUCGGACGGGAGAUUAGCCAGAGUAUGUUGUAACGUAAUUUUCGACGAGAAGCAAGACACGUUCGAGACGGUCGGAGUAGUAGUACUCGACAACGAAAGAAGCGUUGCAAGUGUCGUCGGAAAGGAGGGAAUGGUUUUCAGUUUCCGUAAUUCGAUCGUCGGUCGAUACACGGCGCAGCAAUCGGAGAUGGAUCCCGUGAAAGUUUGCCAUUCUAGUAACGCUCGAUCGAUAAAUCUUAACGGCAGACGAGUCGAGACGAGGCGUUAGUGAUAUUAAAGUUUUCGCGAUUAGAUAGACAUAGGCAAGAGAAUUCGAACCUUAGAUGUUCGCUCGAAUCAAAAGUAUCGCAAUGUCGAAGCCCUUAACGAUCCCCGAUAGCUCUCUCGCUUUAGAUAUUUAAAUUGUACAUUGUACGGCGCACGACGACUCGUUCCUACAUAAACAGCUACGUACGAAUUAUAUCGAGAGAAAGGAGUAUGCGGAUCGUUGUUCCGACCAACGCUUCGAAAACGGAGAAAUUCUUUUUGCCAAGAAAAACGACAUAGUCGUAGUCUUCACUAGGUAAAAAUUCGUUGCGAUCCUAUGGACGACGCAACGACGUUUUGUUAUAUCACGGGACGCGGAUCAAAAUUAUAGGGUAACGUUUGCUCGUAAGAGAUUCGAAUUAUUUUCUCUCCGUAUCAUCGCUGCGUUUUUCCCUCGUGAAAAUCGACUGCAACAAAAGGAAACGUUUCGGGUUUUCUUCUCGAGGUAUGACACCCGGUUUCGACGAUGGCCAGAUGGACGAACAAAGAGCGUCGUAACAACAGAAAAGCGAAAAAUAGUCGGACGUAAGCCUGGUUUAAUUGAUAGGCGAUUAGAUUACUCGUUCUUAUCGAUUCCCCUAUUUGUACCACAACAUUCCAUUAAGAAGCUUGCAGAUAGAAAAUAAAAAGAUGCUGUAAUCGUUCGACGUACGGCACCUUCUAUGCUUCUGAUCCAGAGGGAGAAUAGAAGCAGCAAAGAAACAGAGAGGAAGAAUGCGUACGAGCGUGAACGACGGAUCGUUUGUUGCGUGUCGAGGAAAUAAAACGGGCUUUGCAAUACGCGAAAUCGCAAGUAAACUAAUACAAUGGUAAAGAGAGAAAGAGAUGGGAAGCAAGAGAGCGUGUAUGUGUGUGAGCAUGUUAUGUGUGAGCGAGGAGAGAUUGCUGUUGGAUAGCUGAAGCGACUCGUUGAUAUUUUAUGCGUCAUACAACAUAACACACACCACUAAUUCGUAAAUUCAACUUAGACGUAAGCUUGCGGUUAUCUAUUUACUAAUUGCGGAUUAAUGUAAAACCAUUCGUAAGACGUAAGUAACAUAGACGUAACUAAAGAAAGGGGGGAAACUCGUAGGAUGAUUACGGGAAUGGGAAAAAGAGAAAGAUGCGAGGCAGAGGGUGUGAGAGGGACGGAGACGAGGAAACAAGGAGAAACAAAUUACCGGCCAUACUAAGCUAGGAUUUUAUAUCGUGCGAAUUUAAGAAUGGAGAAGAAUACUAAAGUACUUCGGUGAAUACUCGAGUGAAUGGAUUAGGUGUCGAGCAUGAAAUAGCUCGGCAUCAUUUUCUGUCUGCUGCUUUUUCUUUGCAAUUGGGCGUGCCGCGUGGCGCACGCGCUUGCCUCACCUGUCACGCGUAUCGCACGACGGACAAUUAAUAAUACUCGCUAUCCCUCAUGUGUCUCCGAUUUAUUUUUCGAUUCGCUUUUGCCUCACGUGACUCUGUGCCGACGCGCGGCGAUUCCUUUCGAUCACCUGUCUCGAUCCGAUAAAAACGCUGCCACCGUUCUCUGAUGUACGUUUCUACUCGUUUCGUUUAUCGAAUCUGUACACCUUUUCUAUCAACUCUGUUAAAAUAAUACUCGAAUCGUUCUAACGUGUAUCUCGUAAACGAUCAGGAUUAUCAUCGAUCGUCGUCGCUCUGUCUACUUUCUGUUACCGUUCUCUUACCUCCAUUUUAUUCGUUUCCCGAAAUACACAACCGUAAAUCGUUCGCGUAUCUACGUUUGCCAUAUAUACUUUGAAUACCAAAAUCCACUUUCCGUUAUAUACGUACGUAUAGGAUACUACUUUUCGGAUGUAUUUGCAAAAGUCUGGCGACUCGUUUGAUGGAAGAAGUCUGAAUGAGAUUCACCGUGCUUGUCGCUGAGCGCACAGAGGGCAUGCGUGCUUUUCCUGGUGUAUAGAGACGAGAUUGCCGAGCAGAAAUAAUAAAUGCAACAGCGUCUCUUCGACUGGACAUAAAUCUGUAGGAAUUAUACAAAUUCCCGAUACCGUAUCCUUAAGGCAUUAAGCUAGGCAAAUAGAGAUUUUUAUACAAUUUAUAAGGCGAUUUGCAAUCGAUUGAUUUAUCGCACGUUUACUUGUUGACGUUUUGUUAUAUACACACGGGCGCACUAUGCUUUCGAACCUGCAUCGUGGCAGCCUUGUUUAAGGAAUCCGAUUAAACGGAUUAUAGCGUUGUAUCAUUGAAAUACCGUUGUCAGAUCGUACGGAAAUCCAGUCAACCAAUUUGUCUUUUCAUAGAAAUCUGUACGAACAACAAUCAUCCUCGUGUUACUUGCUUCUUUUUUAAAUUAAAAAAAAAAAAAAGAAAAGAAAAGGAAGAGACGACUAACUCGCGUUCGUAGCUUCUUUCAGCCUCGUGAACCGAUCCGAUCACUUUCGCUGUACUUAUUCGGAGAUAUAAAGUUCCGUAGAAAUAAUGGAAAAUAAACGAUUGAUAAUAAAAAAAAAA